GUGACAUUGACCCCCCACCGCCAUCGACGCCCUCCAGGCCGCGUCAAAUGACGUCAGACCUUGAUCUGUUCUAUCCAGCUGAUCUACAGGUGCAGCUCACCCUCAGAGAUCUGGUGCCUGGUUACUACAGCGCCUACCAGGCUGGAGAAGAUGGGGUGCUGCUUUAGUAAGGAGCUCAGCACCGAGCCGAAGACGGAGAGGAGCGUUCUGUUAUCACCGCCUCUCCACGACGGGCUCAGCGCAGUGACAGAGCAGGUCAGGAGGCAGGCUGUGGCCGUGGCCCAGCACGUAAGUCUGGAGGAAGAGGAAGCGUCUGUGCCGGUCCGACCAGCAGAGGAUGAGGACAGCAGAGUUUGGACUGAGGUGGUUCUUUCCAGCAGGGAGACGGAUCUGAAACCAGAAAGCCCUCACAAGGGUCUGGAUGCUAUUAUUAUCACCAGCAUUACAAACACACACAAAAACACCGGAACAAUGGCUGUUGAGACACGUGAACCCAGUCCCAGCUGUGGGACACCUCCUUAUAUGGAGGUGUCCACUCAGAGUCCGGUCAAACAGAAGAUUCUGGAAAACGCAGCACGCAAGGCGGUGUGGUUCAGCGUACUGCUGAAGCAGACGGAAAACAGGCCGGCAGGAAGUCCGUCAGCUCCAGCAGCGUUGUCCUUGGUUCCCUGCAGGGUCAGUCUCAACGGUGUGCAUCAGGAGCCACAGCAGGACCUCCACAGAUCUGAAGACCAGGACCAGGAUGGGUGGGAAACCUCUGUCAGCCCCGCAGCUCUCCAUCAGGUCAUGGAAACAACAAACCGCAACUUUUACAGCAUCUGUUCCAUUGAAGCAGAGGACCUGGAACAUGAGCGGGAUCAGAGCCGGACUCUAACAGCUGGGGCAGCCGCUCCUCCGCUCUCCAGCCAAUCAGAGGUGGUUCUGCUCUGGGACCAUGCUCAUACAGCUACAAGCUGGUCACAUGAUGAGGAAGUUAUUUCUGUACAGCCACAAGCUGACAAACUGAUUCCUGGCUUGUUUUUGGAGAAGGAAAAUGUACUAAAGCAACAUGCUGCACUUCUUCAACAAGGUGACACUCAGACUCCUAGUAGCAGCGAGGACCCUCAGGCAUCCAUGCUGGACAGCUAUCAGUUUAGGGAAAACAGCGUGAACUCGAUAGAAGCUGAAAAUAUCCCCUUUAAGAAGAAAGAAGUGAAACCAAGCAGUGAUCUCCAUCAGUGUGCAAAGCAGGAGACCCAAAACUUUCUGCCAGCAACAGAACCUCCUGAACUCAAGCCCACCUGUAAGAAAACCCCUGAGAUCAGAGAACUCCACCAGGAGGAGGAAUAUGCUGAGCUCCCACUGCUUGCAGGGCUGACCCUUCGAACCGGUCAGACACAAGCCGUCUCCAUGGGUCUCUGCAGAAUCCUUGAUGCUGAAACAACCCUUUUACCAGCCAGUCAUCCCAGUACCCUGCUGGCUCCUGUGUCGGCUUUACCUGAGGACACGUUUUAUCAGCAAGAACCCAACAACACUGGUUCCAAAGAGCCAACACUGGAGUUUAGGAACAACGAUGCUGAACCAGCGUUCUGGUUGGAUAACUGUGACAAACAGUUUGAGGGCUUCACUCUAAAACCUGAAUGUGGGUUUGUGUUUGACCCAGAGGUCAUCCUUCAGGGUGAAAACAACAAACAGGCAGAGAUCUACCAGAAAAACAACCCUGCAGAGAUGAGCGACGCUUCCUUUGGUUUACUGGAAUCAGACCCAGAUUCUUCGCGUGUAGACAGGAGUGAUGAAAACUGGGACAUCUGCUCUGAGAAGGAUGAUCUCACUGUGGACGUUGGUCCUCAAAGCCCUGAAGAUUUAAUCCGCCGUCCACCCAGUCAGCCUCCUCCUCCAGAAGAUGAACGUUCUGGUCCUCCAUCCUCAUCUCCUGCUUACUCUUCUUCCUCACACUUCACAUCUGAGAGUAUGAACAGCCAAAUCCAUGAAGAGAAAAAUCCACCGAGGAGCGAAGCAGAGGAGACAGAAUCUCAUGUUUUUGUUCCUGUUGAUGAGGAAGAAGAGAAAAGCUCCUACAACCCUCAGCCAGUCCCUGAUCACCAUGAAAGAUUCCCCCCCAGUGUUUCCUCUGGCUGUGUGGUCCCUCAGCGCCAAACAUCCACCAGUUUCCUUCAGCUGGAAGCAUUAUCAGACAGAAAUGACCUGGAGGAGAUGAACGAGAUGAGGAUGGAGACAACAAAUUCACUUUUUGAUUCCUCCCAAACCCCCAGUGUCCACAGUGUCACCAGUUACUCAGACUGGAUUGUUAAUGCUGUCAGCUGUGAGGAGACUCACAUCUCGGUACCAGUGGACCCAGAUCAGAUCGAUGUUUAUGCCUCUACUCCGUCUUAUGAGAUUCCCUUCCUGAAUCAGGAACUCUCAGCUGCUGAAGAGGAGGAGGAACAGAAGGACGGGGGAAUCAGGGACAUGGUGUCGGAGCUGCUUGGAGACCUGGCAGAGUCGUCUGUCUGCCGCCUGUCACCCCAACCCUGGAUCAGGCUGGGUGUGAAGAAGAACCCUGAUGGUCUGGCUCAGGGACUGUCUGUGGCUGAGAGGAUGAGGGGCGGUGAUGAAGAGCAGAUCCCAGCCUUGGUUUCAGAGCUGCAGCCUUCCAUGGCUCUGCUGGGGGUCUACCCCUACAGCACCGUGACGCCUCAGGGGUCCUGUGUGUGGGACUGGCACACAAACUGCUCUCAGCUUGAACCUGUUGCUGCUCCUUGUCUGAACCGUGAAGCUGAAGUAUGGACCGAUCCCAACCUCAGCUUCCACAUCCCCGACCCCGCGUACCAGCAGCCUCAGCAGCCAUGGCUGCAGCUUCCCGUCGACCAGAACCACCAAGAAGGAUUUGUACCAGAGUUUGAAGGGAACAUGGGUCUGGCUGAAGCGGAUCUUAGCCCAGCAGAGUGUCGGACACAAACAUCUGAAGCUCUUCUGGUUAAUGGAGAGCAUGCUGAACCUCCUGUUACAGAAGAGAUCCGAGAGGAACUGAGCAGAGCUUUGGAGUCCUGCCUAACCAGAGAUUAUCUCAGCAGCGACCUCUACCUGAAGUCUCAGAUGGACAACGACCAGUACAUCUCCAUCUCCACACUGGCCAGCCUCGACAGGAUCAAGAACCUCACCACAGACCUGGAGCUGAUCGCUGAUAUUCUGAAAUCCAUGCCUCUGGUCCAGGUGGCUCCAUGUGGGCAGAAGGUUCGACCCAGACAGAGCCGCUGCAUCGUGAUCCUGCGUGAGAUUCCCGACACCACACCUCCGGAGGUGAGUCCUCCUGCUCCUCUCCAGCUGCAGGAGGUGGAGGCUCUGUUCGAAGGAGAAAACCUGCCAGAGGUCUUGAGCUGUGAGGUUGUGAAUAACGACAACUGGUUCCUCACAUUUAAAUCAGAAGCUGAUGCUCAACAGGCCUACAGGUACCUCAGAGAGGAGGUCCGGGUUUUUAAGGGGAAGCCCAUCAUGGCUCGGAUAAAAGCCAAAACCAUGGCCAUCGCCUCCUACGCGCCUAAAAACGGAUACAGGCCCGUUCAGUUGGAGCAGUGCAGCAGGCGUUACAGCUCCUACUUUCCCCCGACCACAUUCAACCCGUCCUGCCUUCCACAUGCGGCCACACAGGAGAUACUUGAGCUCAGCAACGAGGCGUGGACAACCACUGCAGCCGGAUACCAGGAGAGUUCUGAGUCUCAGCUGCUGAUGAACAACUUCACAGAUGGAUUCCCAGCACCUUUUACCCUCAAACCACACCCCUCACACAGGAGAGGCUCCAAAUUGUUGAACUGUGGAGAUCGCUGGUGGAACCAACACAAUGACCCUUAUCAACCAUCAGAGCAGCCGUCUGUAGAUUGUUAUUCUUCUUCGUCCCUGAAGGCUGGACGAGGCCGGCUGAGGGGGGGCCUGCGUCGACAGAGCAGGGGGGGUCGAACAGAAUCCAACAAACAGGUUCUGAUGCCCUCCUCGGACCGGGGAAGUUACAGCAGGAGAGGAACCUUCAGCCAAAAGAGGAGAGAGACGGUAAAGUCCUGGGAAAGAACUAAACAAAACUCUCAGCCAUCUCCUCCUCCUCUGGAGCUCAGCUCGUCCAGCUUCCCCCCUCUUUCUUCUGCAGACGUUGCCACGGCAACAGUACCUGCAACUAAUGACAACAUCAAGGGUCCGAUAACACCACCGCUUCCUCCAGUGGAGCCUCAGUCAGCUUCACUGCUGAAUGAGACAGACAGUCGAGAGAUAACCAUCGAGGACAAACCAGUUCAGCUCCCACAGGACCCAGCAACCGAGCUGAAGAAGCCGAGCUAUGCUGAGGUCUGCCAGAGGGCGUCGACCAAUGAGCCGUUGGCUGAACCCGCCCCCUCAGCGGAGCACCAGGCGUCCCAGCAUCCUCUGCUGCCGCUGUGAGGAUAUGAAACCGGUUGCUGGGAUUGUUUUGUCGUAUAUUAACUAUGAAGAUUAUCUGUAAAUUAUUUACCACGAUACAGGUAGAAUCUACGCCACACGUGGCUUUGUAAGAACUGAUGGAGAGUUGAAGUUUUUCAACAUUUUAAUUUUUUGGCAUUAAUGUGAAAAUAAGCUGUGAAUGUCUCUGCAAUUCUUUAGUUUUCUUUCCUAUCUUGUUGUUCGGCUCCGUGUUACCAGAACCAGGUACUUUAUGGUUUAUUGUGGGGAUCUUCUGUUUGGAUGUCGGCUCUCUACAGGAAAUUCUAUCAGGAUUCUAUUUUUCAUUCUGGGUUUUUAAGUCUGGAGUGCCAGAACCCUCCAUGUUCUCCAGGCCCAUAAAUGAAUAACCAUAACUGUAAAGCCUCACUGUGUGCUUCUCUUUGAAAGCAAUGGAAAAAUGUUGUUUCUUUGCUUUGACUGUUUUAUUUCAUUUUAAACACGGAUUCCGUUUUAUUUGUGUUCAACUGGACUGUUUUAGUUGUUGAAGCUUUAUUCUUGUGUUGACCGUAUUUAACUGGCUGUGUUUUGUACAUGUUUCAGUUCUGUUCAGAGAGACCGCUGAGCGUCCCAGAACAAACACUGAUUCAACUUGAAGUGUUUUGACUUUUUUUUUUUUGAUUGUAAAGAGACAGAUGUUCUGUUUUCUGGUAUAAAUGUAAAGCUGGCACUGCUAUGACAUAUGUAUUUGUGUACAGAUGUACAGGAUACUGAACUAAUUUAAAUUAAAGAAGUGCCUUUACAGAUGGUGUUCAUCUGGAUGAA